AUGACGAAUCUACUUAACGGGACGAUUCCAAGAGGUUUAUUCAAUCUUCCGUUAGUUACGAUUAUCGAACUCACUGAUAAUUUCUUCUCCGGUGAACUUCCGGCGGAAAUGUCCUGUGAUGUUCUUGAUCAGAUUUACUUCUCGAACAACUGGUUUUCCGACGAGAUCCCACCAGCGAUCGGGAAUUUCCCGAGAUUACAGACUUUGUUCUUAGAUCGAAACCGAUUUCGCGGCAAGAUUCUGAGAGAAAUCUUCGAUUUGAAGCAUUUGACGAAGAUCAACAUAAAGUGCGAACAACAUCACCGGGGAGAUUCUAUAUUUAAUCUCAACCUGUACUUCGUUAAUCUCCGUUGA